AUGGUAGCUAUUAGGGAUCUGGUUGCUACUGCCACUGCUGGCUAUCUUGCCUCAGGCUACAACUGCCCGAUCAACAACUACGUCCCGUCGUUCCCUUCAAAUCAAACCACGCUCGUCGCACCCUCCGGAGAGCCCAACUUUCUGGGCCUCGCGUUUGGCGUGCAGAACUACACCUGCUCCAACGCGGACACUUACACGAGCAUCGGCGCCGUCGCAGAGAUAAUUGACGUGUCCUGCAUCGCCUCCACCUCCGAGUUCUCGACGAUUCAGAACGACCUCUACACCGUCUGGACGCAGCUCGUCCCGGUGUCCAUCCAGACGGUCAUCGACACCUUCCACCAGCUUAACACCCCCAUAAUUCUCGGCCAGCACUUCUUCCAGCCUAACCCCGUCACCGGCUCGGGCCUGAGCCCCGUAUGGGAUUUCCGCUCGAACCCGCGCUUCGCGGGCAACCGGAACGCGUACGUCUUGGGGGCGGUCAACGGCUCGAUCCCAUCGCCUACCGACCCCACGGACGAUGUCGCUUGGUUGCACGUCGUGAACGUCCAAGGCGACCUCGCUAACGAGAUCUUCCGCUACGACACUGUCGGCGGCCAGCCUCCUACCUCGUGCACCUCCGGCAACGAUACCGACAUCUCUGUCAAAUAUGUUGCGAAGUAUGCCUUCUAUGGCGGCUCGGUCAACUGA